AUGCUGAAGGUAGCGCUCUUGUUGGCGCUCGGCGGCAUGCUAUGCGUUGCCGAAGGCGCGAAAUUGAGCGGAACUCAUACAGCCGACAAGAACUUCUUGGACAAACAGAAGAAGCUCUACAAUAUCCUGCUCUAUAUCAGACAGAACGAUCUGAAAGACACGGAUUGGUACAACACCGGCAUGCACUAUGACAUCAGCGAAAACAUGGACAAUUACAAAAACCAGACUGUUGUCAAACAGUUCCUCUGGAUGUACAAGCGAGGAAUGUUCCUUUCCCGCGGUGCCAUCUCCAACCAGUACAACCAUGAGCAACGGUACGAAAUGCAAUUGUUGUUCGAUCUGUUCUACACCGCCAAGGACUUCGAGACCUUUUACAAAACUGCUUGUUUCGCUCGGAUAUUCAUGAACGACGGCAUGUUCACCAUGGCCUUUACGACCGCAGUUAAUUACAGAAGCGACUGCCAAUGCGUACGUCUGCCAAUGAUCUCCGAGAUCUAUCCAAACCUCUUCUUCGAAUCCAGAGUGAUCCAACAAGCACACUACCUUAAAAUGAUCAGAGGCACUGAAGUUCAGGAACGUACCUACAUAAUCCCUGCCAAUUACUCCAGCAAAUACAUGUAUCCAUACGUAGACUAUGAAUACAAGCUGGACUACUAUAUAGAAGAUGCCGACUUAAACGCUUAUUACUAUUACUUCCGCAUGGCGUCCCCCAUCUGGUUAAACAACAACAAACGCAAGGAAAUCUGUGGAGAAUGUUACUUCUUCAUCCACAAACAACUGAUGGCCAGGUAUAACCUGGAACGCAGAUCCAACGACAUUAGCAGGAUAGCAUCGUUCGACUGGAACAAACCCGUCUACCCCCUUUACUUCUCGAAUCUGAUGUACUCCAAUGGCGUAGCAGUUCCUAAGAGACACAAAUACGCGUCCCUCCCCUUUCACAAAUACAACUAUCUUAAAGAGGUCUUCACUCUGGAAAAUCGUAUAAUGGACGCAAUUGACUCUGGAUACUUGAUAGACACAGAAGGAAGGAAGAUAGAUAUCUACACUCCGGGAGGUCUGAACAUGUUGGCCAAUGUGAUCGAAGGAAACGGUGCUUCAUGCAACCGUCGAUACUACGGAAUGUACGAUGCUGUGGUACGUAACAUCCUUGGCUUCAGCUUUGAUAAACCCAACCAGAACGUGUCGAUACCCAGUGCUCUUGAAAUGCACGCCACCAACAUGAGAGACCCAGCAUUCUACAUGCUCUACUCGAGAAUCAUGUCGUUCUUCUUCAGAUACAAGAAAAACCAGCCUCAAUACACUGAAGAGGAACUGGUGUUGCCAGGAGUGGAAUUCGAAUUCGUUUCCAACGUAGAUAAACUCUACACGUACUUCGACAAGUGCGACACUGUUAUUAACAAUGCCGUGGCAGUGGACACCUUCACGAACGGAAAGAAAUUUGUUAUGAAAGCGCGUCGUCCUUGCUUGAACUACCAGCCAUUCAUGUACAACUUCACCAUCAACUCCAAAACUAAAAUGGAUGCUACCCUCAGCAUCUUCCUUGGUCCAGCGUACGACGACGUAAAAGAUGACAUGGUUUACCUGAAAAAAUUCUACUAUCAGUUCAUGCAAAUGGACCAAUUCAACGUGACACUCGUUCCUGGUCCCAAUAACAUUCAACGUAGCAGUUCAGAGUCUUCGUUGACAACAUCAAACAUGAUGGAAGCCGACUACUUCUACAGCAAACUGAACAAAGCCAUCAGCGGUAGUGAACCCUUCGUCUACUCCGAGGAAGACCGCAGCUUCCCAGAACAUCUGACUCUGCCCAGAGGUAGAACGGGCGGUAUGAAGUACAAGAUGUUCUUCUUCCUGAGCACGGUCAACGGCAACGACCCGACGAUGUGCUUGAACCCCGCGGCCGAUAAAUUCCCCCAAAAGAAAUCACUUGGAUUCCCUCUGGACAGACCCAUGCCUGAUACAUGGAACUACUCUAUCCCCAACAUGUUCUUCAAGGACGUGUACAUCUACGAGAUUCCAAAGGGCGAGGGAAUGAACUACUAAACGGACACUUUCCUUUUGGUGAAACUGGAAGCAUCCCUUUGUCGGUGAUUACUUAACCGCAAAGAAAAGAUUCUUUAAAUAAAAGAUUCUGAAU